GCGCGCCGCACGGAGCCCGGCCAGCGCCGCCAGACCUGCAGCCCUCCGCAGCCGGCGCACAAUGGCUGAAAAAUCAGCAAAACCAGCAAAACGGUUAUCCUCAGACUCAAACUCUCAUGAGGGAGCUGCAGCAGGAGAAAUAAGUGCUCUGGAAGAGGCCUUUAGAAAAUUUGCUGUCCAUGGUGAUACAAGAGCCACAGGAAAAGAAAUGCAUGGGAAGAACUGGUCAAAGCUAUGUAAGGACUGCAAUAUCAUAGAUGGGAAGAAUGUGACAACCACAGAUGUUGACAUCGUCUUCAGUAAAAUCAAGGGAAAGUCUGUAAGAACUAUUACUUUUGAGCAGUUUAAGGAAGCUCUUCAAGAACUCUCCAAGAAGCGAUUUAAAGGCAAAAGUGAUGAGGAAGCACUUCAAGAAAUGUAUAAACUAAUUGAAGGAAAAGGCCCAGGUUUAACUGGAGUAACGAAAACCGUUGCAUCUCCAACUGUUUCACGCCUUACAGAUACUUCAAAAUUCACGGGUUCUCACAAAGAGAGGUUUGAUGCCAGUGGGAAAGGAAAAGGCAGAGCUGGCCGAGAAGAUCUGGUGGAUAACUCAGGAUAUGUAUCUGGUUAUAAGCAUGCAGGCACAUACGAUCAUAAAGUACAAGGAAACAAGUAAGGCUGAGGGUUUACAACACAGAGGGGAAUAGAGUAUAUAUUUGUAAGGAUGAUGUUAUGAAUCCCACAUGUUUCAGUUAUUGUGAAUGUUGAGACUAUGUUGUCAAGAAGUUGUCUUCAGGAACUGGAACUGAUUUCAACAUCUGCUGAGCUACUUGCAGCACAAUGCCACUUCAUUACAUUCCUCAUGCAUAUAUUUGCAAAAAUAAAUUAAUAUGUAGGUAUAAAAAAUACAUUAUUUUGUUGAGCUUUAGGAAAAAAACCCAAAUCAACAAACAACAAAGCCAAAGUCAAGAGCAGUUAUACCACACUUUGUCAAUUCAAGCAAAAUAACUCAAACAUUCCUUGGUGUUCAGUUGCCCUGAUGAUGUCAGAGAACCUCUUGAAAAGAGGACCUUUCAUACCAGUCUUUCUGAAGAAUAUCCCAUUACUUAUGCAGUUUCAUUUGACUAUUAUUUUAGGGGUUUUUUUUAAUGUCUUAUAUGGGAUCUAGCACUUUUCUUAAAUAAACUAUGGGGAAGUAAGUGGUAGUAAUAUACUAGGUUCUAGCCUGUGAUUGUCAUAUACCACUCAUUGAAAAACUGAAAAAAAAAGCUAUUUCUAAGACAAUAUAGGCUCUAAAGUAUUUUAUGUCAGCAGAAAGAGCUGGAAAAUACCAGCCCUUACUUUCCUCCUGUCUAUACUUUGUGCUUGUUCUUGUGUCUACUGUAGCAUGGUUCUGACUGGCUGGAUUUGGAUGGAGCUAUUGUACUAACCUGAGAGGUGAGGAACAUGACAUUACUAAGAAAGUAUAGUUACGGAUUUUCACAGUCUGUUUUCAAGUUUGCACUGCCUCACAUUGGAAGAGAAAGGGGCAUUAAGCUAAUAAUACUUUAAAAUAUUGUUUAUGACUUAACACUGCCAAUCAGAUUCCUAUUAAAUGAAUGUUGUUUUGCACAUAUGUUGGCACAUAGUCCCUUUAAGCUCUAACAUAUGUAAGGAAAGCUUAUGGCCUCUUGGAGUAAGAACAUUUACAAUUAAUAUCUAUGUAAUCAGGUGCAAUUUUCCCACAAAAAACCCCCAAAUCAUUAUAACUGGGCUACAUUUUAUGGUUGAUUCGUUUGAAUCCAAGGGAUUUGAUUCUCUGUUCACUUUUGCUACCAGACUUGGGGGCAAUAGUAUUGCUGGGAAUGGCUUUCCAAUGUUACCAGGAGAGCCAGUCCCACAGGGUUAAGGUACAGGCAGCUGAGUGUGACCUAGAUGGGGUCCACAAUGCUGAAAGAAAUUAAUUGGAAUAAAAAUAACUUUUUUUAAUAUUGGUUGAAAAUGAGAGAAAAGGCCAUUCCAUUUUUCUGCAAGAGCUCAACAAGUACCUUGAUGUAUUACUCUGUUUCUCUAAAGUUAUGAAAGAUAGGAUGUUCAGAAUUCAAAACCAGCUCUUUGCAGUUCUGCCUUGCUUUCUUUCAAAAAGAGCUUGUGCCCUGAUUUUCAUGUUCAGCUCUUAAUAAAGGUUAAUAGAUGUAUUGCUCUCCCUCCACCCGUACUAGCAUCCCACUGAGAGUACAUAAACGUGGGUGAGCAGUAUGUGCUGUCAUGUGCCAUGCAGGUGAACAGUCUGUAUUUGGCCAAUGUAUGGAAAGAGAGCUCUGGUUUUCAGCCCUUAAACUGUUCAUGUUUUAUUCUGCUGACAUUGUGUGGUAGCCUGUCGUAUAAUUUUGUCCUCAGUGACCCUUUGAGCCCAUACAUCAGCCUAAAACCAAAACAAUAGCAAACAAAAGGCAAGGGCUUCCUUGUGGACUUGGAAAUCCUUUUGUUUGUUUAUAAUUCAUGUUGAUGUUUGUUUUUAAGCGGGAGAGAAGUUUGCCAAAACACAGCACAUGCUCCUGAAGAUUUAAAUUGCUUUUCCCACAGAUGGUUACCUGUGAAAAGUUUAGGUGUAUGUAAAGAUGCUCAGGAUGCAAAGUGUUCAGCUUUGUGAACCCUUUCCAAGAAUUACCCAGUGUUCUGGAAGAGUGAAAGGUUAUCCACUACUGUAUGGCACUGGGGACCUGUCAUACUCCAAAGCAGAAAAUAGGAUACUUGAUACCAACAGUGGCUAAGUUAUUCUGGCAUGGUAGUAAACUGUCUAAAUGUAAAGAGCCUUCUUUGUCACUGGUGCCUGUGCACCUGAAGAUGGCUCCAGGGUAGUCCUGGUUCUUCUAAUGAAUAAAAAGGCUGAGCCUACAACCCUUGAUGAAUUCUUCAGCUGAGUUAUAUGCAAAAUCAGUGUCCCUGUUUUUCCUUUUGAUUUUAAGACUUGACUAAUAACUCAUGGUAACUGAAAAGUUCUAGACCCAGCCUCACUAAAGGGUGACGUCCAGCCUACUGCAGAGUCCAAGAGCACACUGUUGACCUGGGUGUUUGUUCCUAGCUAUUGUCUGGCACAUUGGGUGACACUUUGCUUUUAGGUACACAAAAGACAGGCUUUCUCAGGUGCCCAAAUACAGAGUCUGUAAUGCCAGAAUGUUUCCAUACAGGAGAAGUGAUUGGUUAGGAAGAUUUUAAGAUAUAAUUAGGUUUUAAACUGUUGGUUCAAAGUGAGAGAGAGAUCAGCACACGAAGGCAUGCAAGGGAAUUGAGAGUGCAAACGGAUCCAAGCUGACACUGUCCAGAAAUUGAGCUGUAAGAGGCUGAUGGAACAAGCAGAGGUUCUGCCAGAGUUUACUUUGCAUUGCUUGUGCAGUAUAAAAUCCCUGCCAUAAAACCAAAAGCACUUUAUUUGUACCUGAUGCAAAAUUUGAAAUUCUUUCAAUGCCAUAGUAAGCUUGGGAUCAGAACCUGGGAAGAUGGUUCAGAUAGCAGUAUUUUAUUUUGAGGAACACGCUUCUUUUUUCUACUUUGUUUCUACAGUAUGAUAGUUUUAAACCUCAAAGUGUUACAUGAAAAGAAGUCAUUCGGAUGUAACAGUUACAAAGGAGAGUUGUUACUUGGAAGAUAGUACAGGUUUUUCUCUUUUACUAUGCUUGGUGUGAAAGAUAAUAGUUAUGAAUAAAAGCAUCUUAUGCAGCUGUGUAUUAGGGGUUCACCACCUACUUAAGGUCUUACUAUUCCACUAAUAUUGAUAGGAAAUUAAAAGCCUAAAUACUUGUUUGAUUAUUAGCUUUUAAGUUCCAGGCCUGCUUAGGAAUGAGGAUAGUACAUUUUCUUACUCAUCUGCUAUUCCCUCAAUUCGCAGGACAGUAAGUACAGCUUAUACCUCAAUGAUGACAGGAAAGGAUAGCUGAGGACGUGCUCCAUUUUCAGUCCUUAGAGUGUUGUUCAGCAUAUUCUCUUCUGAUGCACCAUGCUGCAGACUGUAACUAAACAUCAUGUCUGAAAUAAGGACAUGGGAACCUAAUAAGAUUUACUGUCCUCUCUCUUUUGGGGGCAUCUCAAUUGAUUCCAUCUAAAUUUCCAGCUUGAUUUUCAGCAUCUUCCACUAUGUAGUACUGUCUUAUGUGACAUCUUCUAUAAAACCCUAUUGUUCCUAGUUAUAUUUGUUUUCAUUACUACAGUAGAUGCUACCAAAAGAAAUAUGAUCAGAAAGUCAGAUAGCUUUUAGAAAUAACUGCCUUAAAGAAUAGACUCAAAUUUCAUUUAAAUACUGUGGCAGUACACAAUCCUUACCUGUGUGUCUACUGAAGCUUAACCUGACCAUCAAAACCUGAGAAGACUGAGGGCAAGAAACUAAAAUCCUUACUGAGGCAAAUGAAUAGUCAUUACAAAUAAGUUUCUAAAAAUAAUGUUGUUUUUAUGUAAAAUAUGCAGCAGUCAAAAGGGAUUUUCUUAUUAGGGCUUGCUUACUAAUUCUGUUUAGUCACUCCAUGAGCUUUAGUUCAGAGUUUCGCUGGGAGUUUUGCAACUAUGGAAGUAUCAAAACCAAAAAUGAUUGUCCUGCUCUUUGUGGUUGUCAAAGCUAUCACAAUAGCAUUACUGAGAAGCAGACAUUAAAAAACACACAUAAUUUCAUGGGUCUUAUAUGAACAGUUGUAAUUAAUUGUAGUCAAAUAUUUGGAAUCCCAAGGGAAAUGUUGAAUAUUAGACUAUAGACAAAAUGUAGUCCCUAUUUUUUAAAACUAUAAUACUUCUUACCUCCUUUUUAUUUAGGGAAGGGAAAGGGAUAUUUGAAAACUACAUACAUGUCACAGCUUGUGUUUUUCAUCAGCAUAGAGAUCGUCUUUCAAAAAUAUUUUGAAUUGAGUAUGUAUUUUACUGACCUUUCCUAAACUAAAAAUUCUGACAAUUAAAUUUAAAAGUCUGACAAUUUUUUAGCAUUUUACAAAGCUUUGUUCACAAAGUACCAUUUCAGUCAUCCUUUUUUUGCCCUCUAUUGGCUCAAUUAAUAUUUUUAUAGUAGCUAGAAUUAGGCAGAACAAAAAGGCAAAUGACUACUAUGGGUUUGACUUACAAGUGAUAGACAUCCCAGCCAUCUGUAACCAUCUGUAGAGAAAAUCCUCAUGUAUAUUCCUCCAAAACCAAAACUUUAAAGUUGUAAUUGAUAGGUUUUUUCCUUAAGACUUUUCAUAGUUAUGAAAUAAAUUUUAAUUCUUUGUGCCUGCAUGUAUGAUAGUCAAAACAUAACCCUGCCUUCAGGGAUGCAUGUAUUCUGGGGGCAUGUGCCUGUCAUCUGUGACUAAGAAUUCUCUGUUUGCACUGGCCAAGAGCAAACCUUUUACCUUCAUGAUAGAGCAAAUGUUAUGUUGCACUGGUACGUGCCCUCUUAACUGACUGUCAGCCUUGCGUGUAUGCCAAAAUAACUACACCUUUGUGUAUGUUGUUUGUAGUGUGAAUAUUAUGUUCUUGGCUUGUCACUUUGUUGGUAUUAAGUAAUGUAAUGCACAAGACUUGUGUAGGUUUGUGUGUGUAUACAUGCUCUUUGGAUACAGCUUAAGUAAUUAAACUGUGUAAAUGUUGAUGAAAAACUAAAAUCUUAUUAGGUCCAAGCUCUAGUCCUGCAGUCAAUGCUGUUCAGCUUGACUGGUUGGGGGUGUUGUUAUUCUCCCUUCAUACCAUAAAGGUGAAGAUCUAAGGAGGCUCUUAUGGUUUUACCUGUCCACCCUGUUCUGAGAGAAAUCACUCUUCAGCAAUUCUAACAUAGACUUAGUGUGACAAGUGGAGUUUCUCCAUGGUGAGGAAGUAGGAGAGAGAGAAAGAGUGAAAUCAAGCUUUCCUCUGAGUGCUCUUAAGAAACCAUUUAAAACUAUGCUCUGCAUUUGCCCUAGCUUUGUGAAGCAAGGUGACACUGUGUAAACACAGAGUUGUUCAUCAUCUGUCAGUAAGUAUAAAGCUGUGGUACAGUGAGAUGGGAACAGGAAACAGGAGUGUCAUACAUUGCCUAUGGACUCAAGUCUUGCUUAAACCUUUAUACAAUUAAAUACCAGAAGCAUAAUGGCAGCUCUUAAACUUGUGUGAAAUUCCUAAAGUCUGGAGUACCUCCAAUUAAUGCAUGUGUACCUCCUGUAUUUGAAGGGUUUGCCCAUAAAAUAUCAUUUAACAAUCAGUUCCUCAUUUUGUGCAACCCCAAAGUGCCCAUUUGGCUUACAUAAUAUUACAGUCAGGAUUGUUCUUUUAAAGUCUUCAGAAUCCUAGAAGUUCUAAGAAACCUGUAGUUGCUUUCAUGCUGGCACAUUAAACUCAAAACCAAUGCUUUGGAUGAUGUCCCAGCUAAGAAUAAUGCUUCUAGAAGUAAAAGAAUAUUGCAGAUAGAACCUCCAUGUCUUAAUUGUCCAAGUAAUUUAUUCUUGCAGGGAAAAAUAUCUGUUAAUAUAUUUGGAGGUUUUUUUCAUGUUUUUCAGUAAAUUAGACUUGGUAUAUUGCUUUGAAAACCCUAUGGAGAAGGUGGAUUUCAGAACAAGUUUAAGAUACAACUCUUGACUUUGUUGUCAGAAAACACCUGAAUUGGCUUAUUUCAUUCAAACUACUUGAUCAUCCACUCAAGGUAGACUUUGGCAAGAAUAAGCCUGAUCAUAAACAAAAGGGGGGGAAAUCCAGCUGAGCAUUCUUGACACAUUUGCAGUUCUGGUAGUCUGAAACAAUUUUUUUAAAAAGAAGUUAUCUUUUCUGUUCAUGCACAUGCACACUGUCACUAUCUGGGAACAUGGAUAUACAUGAGGGCAAAACUACAGAAGAACUACAGAAGAGACUUCUUCUUUCUCUUUAAAUCUUGCAUUUAGAAAUUGGCAUUGAAAUGCCCAACUGACUAACCUGAUUUGUAAAAAUGAUAAGCUACUAUCAUAUUCCAUUGCAGCUAAAUAGCCAAUGAAUUAAUUUUCAAAUACAGAUAUACAGCAUCUCUUUUUUGUGAGUUACUGUAAAGCUUAUGGCACUGUACAAAGUGAGUUUUGAUGUAAACAUUUGCAAAGACCUCAAAGAUAAUGCUCAUAAUUUGUCCUUACCUCCAGUUAUCUUUAUGCAAGGUUUUUCUAAAACUUUGCACAUUUUUCAGGAAAAAUCAGAAAUAUGAGUAAAGCUAUACUCAACUAAAUUAAAAAUGUGGCCCUAAAGAUACACUCAGUUCAUCCAUUUUGAUCUUUGCAUUUUGAUCAGGAGCUACAUUAUAGAUGAACAACAAAAUAAGAAAAAAUUAUGGCAGUCUGAAUCCCCACAGUGGUAAAUUAUUUCAAGUUCCAGUUUACAUCAGAUGAGUUUCUGUAUGCUUCCAUUUGCUCAAAUGCUAUUUUUAAACAAAGUAAUUAAAUAAUGUGAAAUAAUGCAGCCUGGACUCUGUUAAAUAGGGUUAUAUUAAUGCAACUGAAAUGUUGUGUAUGUCUGUAAUAUUCAAGCUAAAUAUAUGCUAGAUCUUUACAAAGGCUUUGUGUAAAGUCAGUUAACCUACAGACUGAUGUCCUGUAUAAAAUUGUGUUGGCAAGCUACUUUUGUUAGCACUGUAGUAUAUGAAAAGGUAAGAUCAUAGGCAAAACCAAGUUAUAGGGUGCAAAAAAGUGUGUUUAUUUUCAAUCUUUGUGCUGGGUUCAGAAUAUAUCAGCUUUGGCAAAUUCUUGCAGCAGGGAAAUUUUUUUGUACAAUGCUUAUAAUACAAAGUAAUUUGUCUUUACAUUCUGUAAAGCAGAGAAAUGGUCAAUGUUAGAUAAGUGUAUUGAGGUUUAUUCUUAGCCAGGUGUGAUGUUUCAGAGAUUUAAAUAUUAGAGGAGAAAUAUAUAUUUAUACAGAAGUAUAAUUUUUGAAUGAGAUUGAUUUUGUUCAGUCAUAAACCAUUUAUUUAUCCACAUUAUGCUUUAUUCCUUUGCUAGCAUGUUUAUCAGUCCAUGCUGUUCCAAUAUCCAUUUCUAAUUUGAUUUAGAUGUUUUGAUUCAUCAUUUGCACAAAUCUGAACAUGCGUGCUGUCAGGACCUGAUCAUAAAGGGUGAAGGCAAAACUGUUUUGUCUUUGAUUAUCUAGAGCACUAAUUAAAAUUUAAUCGUUAAGCAGUUGGGAUAUGGAGAUAGGUCUUGACAUAGUCUUCCUUGGAGCACUGUACACUAUGAUAAAAACCUUCAGUGAAGCUUACUAGUUUUUGUUCUUAUUUUCAUUUGUCUUUCAUCAAGCAGUAAGCUGCUGUGUGCUAAUAAUUACCUGCAAUAUUUAUAAUUGCAGGCAUUGCAAACAUUAACAUGCAGCUGUACUAGCCUACUGUGUUCACUGUGAAAUUUUCAACACGGUAAAAAAAUUUACAUGAUCAUUUAACCUUACAAGUUUACUUUUUCUCACUAAUUUAACACUGACUCUUCUUUUCAUUAUUGCAAAUGAACAACUUGAGCAUAGCAUUUCUAAAUCUUAACUAUAGUAGAAAAACUAUAUGACCUAAGCAAAGAUUUUUAACCACUUGAUGAAGGGGGCCAGGCACCAUCCAGUGCAAAGCACACUGGGCAAAAUCUUAUCCCCACUGCAGCCAGUUCCAAAAUUCUAGCUGGUGUUAGCAAAAAUAGAAACACCAUUACCAAGGGGUUAAUAUGCUUAGUAACCAUGACAAGAGGUUAUGGGGGAGCACAACAGUGAUUCUCUUAUUUCCAUGUCUUUGUUUCUGUUAAUUUAAAACUACUACUCUUCAAUCUUUAAAAUAAGUAAAAGAAACUUGAAGGGGGGAUCAUAUACUACUAGUUUGUACUAGGUUUUUUCAAGAAAAGGAAACAAAUUUAUAUAUAUAUAUAUAUAUAUAUAUAUGCAAUAUAUUUUUACACUGUUUAUUAAUGCUAGAAAGUAUUAAAUGUAUCACUUUAUCUGUGUGAAUGUUAAAGUAAUGACAAUGUUACAGAUGUUUUAAACCUUUUGAAGUUGUCCUGUUAAAUUCUAAACCCACAUUAACAAUGGAAAAGCUACUUUGUCUGUAACAUUAUUGUUGAUGUUUUAGGGGAAAAGUUCAAGUGCAGCAGUUGUUUUGAUUAGCACUGUAAAAGCUUGGCUUGACAAGUUAUAGUGAAAUCCAUAUUUUAAACACCAUUUCGUUAAAGCAUAGCUUCUCAUGAAGUAUGUUACUGCUGUUGACUGACUGUAUAAAAUUGUAUUUUUAGUUGGUAAAGUGAUCAAUAAAUGUGUUACUACAUCA